CCAGGAGCAGCAGGAGCAGCAACGCUCUCGCUCGGGCUCUUCCACAUCCCCCUUUUCCUAUUAUAUAUAUAUAUUUAUUAUAUAUAUUAUACAUAUAUUAUAUAUAUAUAGAAACUCUCUAGUGUGUUGUGUGUUUCGAUCGUCGUUUUCUUCCGUGUCGCUGUGUGCUCAGUGUCUCUUGUGUGUGUGCAACAGUCUCCUAGAUUUUCUUUUUCUUUUUCUUUCCGGGAGAAAUUCUUAUUGGUUUAAAUUUUAAAAAAAAGGAAAAGAAAAGAAAAUCGAUCGAAAAGUGAGCGAAAUCAAAGGGCAAUUCGAUCAGUUUUUUUUUGUGCUGGAGUCGGAGGAAUAACAGCGGGACUUGUCUCCCGCCAUCAUGAACCAGACAAUUGCUGAUUGGCGGCUGCAACUGACUAGUAGUUGGUCGUCACGGUGGAGCGCCAUCUACUGUGCGGCCGUCGGCGGAGAGGACGAAGAGGAAGACGACGACGUGUUGCGGCGGUUGUUGCCUUCGCAUCAGCAGCAGCAGCAGCAAGGCAGCCCGGGCUGGUCAGCCAAAUCGGCCCCUUAGAAAAUGCUCAUCUCUCUCGGAUCUGUCGAAGGAUGGCAGUCAUCGGUCGCAGAAUCGGCAGCAGCAGCAGCAGCGUCCUCAGCUUCUUCGGCGGCCUCGCAGGCCGUCACGGCCGCAGUCUCGGCCGUGGCCGCCGUCUCGGCCGCCGCCCACCAGUCGUCCAUCGGAGCCGCUGCAAGUGGUGGCGGAGGUUCGCCCAGCGGGGCCACCGACGUCAUCCUCACGGCAGAGAAUCUGACCCAGGCGGUCAUCAUCCUCAUCCUGGACGUGGUCAUCAUCUGCUCCAAUCUCCUCAUCAUCGCCACACUCGCCACAGGAUCAGGUGGCGAAGUGAUGAACUAUUACCUGAUCAGUUUGGCGGCGGCCGACCUGCUGGCCGGCCUUUUGGUCGUGCCGCUGUCCAUCUACCCGGCGUUGACGGACAGCUGGCCGCUGGGUGACGUGUUGUGCUCGAUCGCCGGCUACGUGGAAGCGACUCUGUGGGCCGUCUCAGUGUACUCGUUCAUGUGGAUAUCGGUGGACCGCUAUUUGGCCAUCCGCAAGCCUUUGCGCUACGAAACGGUGCAGACGCCGUCGCGCUGCCAGUGCUGGGUCAUCUUCACGUGGCUGACGUCCAUGCUGGCCUGCUGUCCGCCAUUGCUCCAGGGCUCGACCGGCUACGCCAGCGGGGCUCCUUACUUCGACCCGGAGGCCUUCGUCUGCCACCUCAACUGGACGGGCAUGUCGGCCUACUCGGUGACGCUGGUCAUCCUGGUCCUCUGUCCGACCCUGGCCACCGUGGCCUACACCUACUUCUACAUCUUCAGCUCCAUGCGCAAGAUGCGGAGCUCCUUGCUGCAGCAGGACAAGGAAUACGCGACGGCCCUGAGCGAGAACCUCUCCAACCCGACCCACCUCAUGUCCUUCAUCCUGGUGAUGACCUUUUGGCUGUCGUGGCUGCCGUUCAUCUGCCUGACUUUGUACGAGUACCUGGCCCAGCACCGGAUCGACUCCAUCCCAUUCCUCCACUUCACCGUCUUCUGGCUGGGCAUCUGCAACUCGUUCUUCAAGCUCUUCAUCUACGUGGCCAUGAGCCCGCUCUUCCGGCACAAGCUCAGAAUCUUCUGUCUCUCCUAUCUCUGUUGCGGGGCCGCCAAGAGAAACAGCGCCAACAACAGGAGACCGCUCACUUCCGGAUCGGCAAACAGGAACCACCAUCAUCAUCACAAUAAUGAAAUCAUCUACAGACGGUGAUUUUUCAAAAAUAUUUUUAUGAUUUAUUAUAUAAUAAUAAUAAUACCCGGCAAAUUUCAAAAAGAAAAAAGCUAGAACAUUUUCUAUAUAUUGUGAUGAUAUAUCCAAUUUUGAAAACAUUUUAAAAAAAGACCAGAACAAUAUAACUUCCGCUAAAAAAAAAGUUUUUUUAAAAAAUAAGAAAUUAUGGACAGUGUCGAGAGACGAUUCUGCUCAGGUUUUCAAUUUUUUUUAAUUCCAAAAUUUCAAAAAAUUUAAAAAUAAAAAAAAAAAAUUGAAAGACAACCAUGGCCGGCAUCCAACUAUUUUUGUGUAGACGGUUGACUUCUAUAUAAUUAAUCUUGUAUCGUAGGUUAUAUAUAUAUAUAUUAUAUAUAUUAUACAUAAAUAUGAUGGGUGUUUUGUAAUUUGUAUACAUAAUAAUUUUACCAGUAGGCCAAAUAUGUUUUUUGUUUUAUUGUUUUGCAAUGAAAGAACGGGGAAAAAACAGGGACGGUCGACAAACAUAUUUCCAGAAAAUAGGCUUUGAAUAAAAAUGUAGAAUUAAAUAUUUCCCCCCCCCCCC